GUUCAGUCAAAAAUGAAGCAAGGGUAAAUGUUCGUGAAACUAGCGCUGUAUUGGUUAAAAACGUAAAGAGAGAUGCCGUGCCUGUCCAGAUCACAGAAACAGAGCCAGGUUUACAUGGGAUCCCACUGACGCAGGAAAGAUUUGCACUUUUCUGCCAGCUGAGGAUCACUUCGAGCCAACAUGUCUUUUUUCCGAGGGCAUUUAACUGCCGUCAUCACGGUGCUCGGAGCGACUUUAGGCGGGCUUCUCGUAUGGAGAGUUUACCGAACGAAAAGGAAGAGGCUGCCCUCCGUUCAGAAGGCGGCCGACCCCGCGGAGGCGCCGCUUCCCGCGGAGACUGACGUCGCGGCUGCGGAGCGUCAAAACGACCGACCGACGCCGCUUCUCCCGGAGAAGGAGUUCCGGGCCGCGGAGGAUCAGACCGCGCCGCCGCCGCCGCCGCCCGUACAGACGACGUCUUCCGAGCAGCUGCUGGCUGUGAAGCCGGUGACGGUGAGCUCCGAGGAGGACUGGCAGCGGCUCUGGCCACUGAUGCAAAAGGAGCUGUCGGCCUUCCCUGUGCUGGGGCUCGACUGCGAAUGGGUAAAGAUUAAAGGCGUGUCCGUGAAGGGUCGCGCCUCCGCCGUCUCCCUGCUGCAGAUGGCCACGUGUUCGGGCCUGUGCGUCCUCGUGAGGCUGCUGGCGUUUCGCAGCAGCCAGCAGCCGUUCCCUCUCAGCUUGAUGGAAGUCCUGCGAGACCCCCACAUUCUGAAGGUCGGCGUCGGCUGUUAUGAAGACGGCAAGCGCCUGACGAGAGACUACGGCCUGUCGCUGUCGUGCACAGUCGACCUGCGCUACCUCGCCUUGAGACAAAGGCAAGCGCCGGUGAGUAACGGCCUCAGUCUGAAGUCUCUGGCCGAAGAUCUGUUGAACGUGUCUCUAGAUAAAUCCCUGGAGCUGCGCUGCAGCGACUGGGAGGCAGAUCGACUGACGCUGAAGCAGAUGACGUACGCGGCCAGAGACGCCCAAGUUUCCAUCGCUCUCUUCCUCCAUCUCCUCGACUUCAACUCUGAAGCCGGUCCCGAAUCUUCCAGCGGGGGCUCUUACUCGGAGUUGGCUGCCCGCUGCCAGGGCCUGGUGGACGUGCCCUUCAGGGGCCGGGGAGACGGAGACGAAAAGGCGCCCGAAGGGGAGAGGAAGCGCAGGAUUCGGAAAACGCCCACUUUAGAAAACCCGGAGUCUGGAGAUCAGCAAGUCCCAGACCCUCGAAAGAAUAACAAGAGGAAACCGCUGGGUGUGGGCUAUUCUGCCAGGAAGUCUCCCCUCUAUGAUAACUGCUUCCUCCACGCUCCUGAUGGUCAGCCUCUGUGCACUUGUGACAAGAAGAAAGCCAAAUGGUACCUAGAUAAAGGAAUAGGAGUGCUCCAGAGCGAGGAGCCGUUUGUCGUGCGGCUGCUGUUCGAGCCGUCGGGACGUCCCGACUCCCAGCAGGACUACUAUCUCACUGCGAAGGAGAACCUCUGCGUGGUCUGCGGCAAAGCCGACUCCUACAUCAGGAAGAACAUCGUGCCUCAUGAGUACAGACGGCAUUUCCCCACCGAGAUGAAGGACCACAACUCCCACGACAUCCUGCUGCUCUGCACCAGCUGCCACGCCGCCUCCAACGUGCACGACGGCUUCCUGAAGCAGCGUCUGGCCGACCAGUUCGCCGCCCCUCAGGGCUGCGAGGAGGGCGUCCGCCUGCUGGAGGACUCUGACCGGCGGCGGGUGCGCUCGGCGGCGCGGGCUCUGCUCACCGCCGGGGACGGACUGCCGGAGCAGCGGCGGGAAGAGCUGCGGGCCGUGAUCAAGAGUUUCAUCGACGACCACGAGGAGCGGGAGCUGACGGACGAGGCGCUGCGGCAGACCGCCGAGUUGGAGACGAGGAUCUUCAACGAGGCGUACGUGCCUCACGGCCUGAAGGUGGUGCGAGCCAGCGCCGAGCGGGGCCUGCCGGGCCUGAUGGACCUGGAGCGCCGCUGGAGGCAGCACUUCCUCACCGCCAUGCGGCCUCGCCACCUCCCCCCGCUCUGGGCCGUCGACCACAACCACGGCAAGUUCCUCCGCAAGUACGGAGAGGACCUGCCCAUCAAACUCAACUGACGGCGAGCCGCCGGACACGGGGGCGUCUCGCCGGACACGGGGGCGUCUCGCCGGCGAGUCGACGCGCCGCUCGGCCGAGUCGUCUGCAGCCGCCGCCGCGUUACGUUCUACAAGCCAAAUCGCAUUUUUUUAUCGUGAGCGGGAUGAAUGAAUCUACCAGCGGAAACCGAAACGCUGACCAGCAUGUUGGUGUGAGUGUGUGUGUGUGUGUGUGUGUGUGUACUCGCUCCGCGCUGGACGCCGGUUCUCUCGCCUCUCGUGGCGUGUGCUGCUGCUAGGUUGCCACCUGGAUCCUGAAUGGACUUCAAGCAGCGCCUCCACUAGUGGAAAGAAAUCCAGCACUGAACACUGUUUUUUUUUUUUUUAUCAUGGAAAAAAAAUGUAGAAUUAUUUAUGAAAUGUUAAAAAUAAUUCUAUUAUGAAUGAUUUUUAGAAGAAGCUGCAGCCUGCUCUUAAUCCCUCCUCCCCCGCCCCUAAAUUGAACGCCCCCUCCCCCUCGUGCAGGUGUGCGGCCGUCGCUCUGAUCAUGAACGCUUCGCUCCGCAGAGAAGGUCAUCUCGACGUGACCUUUACGGUUCCCCAGUUUUCAGUCUAUUGUCUGUUUUAAGUCGAUAGGUGAAAUGUUUCCCAGACGCUCCUGAGGCCUCGACGGGCGACGGACGCUAAUCUCAGUAAAGUUGGCCGCUUGGGUUCCUCAUCCAUACUCCAGAUGUUGACGUCCUGCUGCCGGUCCUCCUGAAAGUCGGGGCCGCUUCCUGGCUCGUGUUUUAACGCGCCUCUUAAUCCCCAAACCCGACCGGAGAGACUCGACGCAGCAUUUCGUUUUCACUUAACAGCCAUGACGUCAUUUUUUUUACCACAGUCCAAAAACACACCGUGAAGAAAAGAUGCCAACUAAUGCGAUUUUAGAAAAUUAGCGUAAACCCUUUUUCCGCGAGGCCGAUUUAUCUCUUUUGAACCGCGAUGAUGGAAUUCUUUACGACACGGCGGCGUUGUCUUCGUGUUGCUCUGGAGCCCCGAAGCUGUUCCGUUUGUCCUGAAUUGUGAAUGAUGCAAAAAAUAAAAGUCAUGUUUGUAUUAA